AUGGCUUAUUGCUUGAUGGUCCUCAAGAGGUUGGCCCCUGUGCACUGUCUGCAGUGCGUGCAGAACGCGGCAGAGGCUUGGGGCCGGCAGCUGACUCGCGCCGAUCCCCUCGGACCUGGGCAAGUUCGCCUCUCCAAGAUGCAAGUGAUCUCCGUGUCUUUGUCUUCGAAAGGACCGGUCGUGCGAGAGGAGGUUGCCAUUGCCUUGGACAGCGGAGUGGUGGCACAGGUGCUGGAGGGGUGGAGCUCCCAAUUUGCAGCAUGGAGAAAAUCAGAUGACCACGUUGUCAGGCAGCUGAAGGGCCACAUCAGUGAGCUGGAGGAUGCCAACCGUUCUUUGAUCAGCUUCCUGAACGAGUACAUCACGACUUCGGAGUUCGCGAGGUUCAGGGAGGCUAUGAACAAGUACUCCAAUCUUGUCGACGAGCUUUCGGACUCGCGUCAAGGUCAUGAGUCCGUUCUUCUCUCCGCAGUCGAACAUGUCGUGGAAAAGGCCGUGAAAGCUGCCACAAGCAACAUCGCACAGUUGAUUGAGGAGAAGAUGGCGCAGCAAGUCACCAGGUAUGCCACAGACCAGCAGCGUCAAAUUGACACGGUCCUGGAAAGCGUUCAAACCUAUGCGAACCAGGUUUCGCAACAGUUCAAGAACCAAGACGUGGUUCUUCAAGAGAAGCUGGGCUCUGUCAUGCAUGACAUCGGCAGUGAAAUGCAAGAGCGCAUGCAAAAAUCAGCAGAUGAGAUUAACGUUUCGACGCUCAAAGCAGCGAAAGAAGGAGCAGAUCGGAUGAAGAUGGUAACAAUCGGGGAGCAUGAGAAGCAGAUGACCUACAUGCAGCGGCUUUUUGUUGGAAACGAUGCGGAGCUGGAUGAGGACGACGAGGGCUUACGACCGAUGCUGCUCAACUUCAGGGAGCUCCUGUUUCAGGGAGUGUCCACCAAGCAGCAAGCAGAGAACUGGCGCAAGGUUUCCGAGAGGGCUGAACAGGACAUGCAGGCAGCUCAACAGGAGCUGGAGCAAUGUCAAGCUACGUCCAGUGAGCUGCAGCAGAAGCUUACGGAAGCUGAGGAGAAACUCGACACGCAAGGCAGCGAGCUGAGCCUGGCGAAGGUCUCCUUGGCAAAGCCCUGGCCAUGGACAAAAUAUGUGGGCUACAUGGAUGAGAUUGUUUCCCGUGGUCGAGUGAAAGUGAACAUCUACGAGGAGUGGGUUGAAGUUACCGCCGGCAUGGGCUUCGCGCCCCGAAAGCAAAAUCAGCAGCCAACAGCGGAGUGGAUGGAUCCGGUCUUGGCAGAUGCGGCCCUGUCAGAUGCGCUGGAGCUCUUGCACUGCUUUGGGGAAGUGCCCAUUUCUAUUGAGAGCCAUGUCAAAAGCGCGAAGGGCAAAGCAGACUUUUGGGAAGCGAUUGCGGCCAAUCGAGCAGAGCUGGUCAGGGAUUCCUUGGAAGAGAAGGGCAUCGCGUUUCGACAGAUGUCAGCUGCCGGCUUGUAUGGCAAGGCGGGGCUUGAUAGGACUCAGCAGAUGCCGGGGGGUAAUGGAAUCUAUGUUGUGGGACGGGCUGCGCAGAUCCCUGCCUACUUGUUCGACAACCAAGGCAAGCCCAUGCAGCCACCUGGGUCCGCUGCCUUCAACGGCGGAGCCGCCUUGCCUGACAAGCAGCAAUUUGUGGACGAGUGGCUGACUGCGCUGGCCCAUCCCAAUGUGUGCAUCAACGAAAUGGCAGACGUGCAGCGUCUGGAUCAAGAGGACAUUGCAGUUUUGCCAGUCCCUCCCUUGGUGAAAGGUGUUUUCCGCGAUAUCCUCGCCUGCGAGGCUGAGAAACAUCGAGAACACACGGAGGUCUUGAAGGACACGCUAGCUCGCAGCGAGGAAUUUCUUGCACCGCUUCGCGAUCGCAAUAUGCAGCCACCCCUGGCAGAGUCCAAGUACUUUCAGGAUCAGAAGAAUUACAGACUGAUCCUUAAGAAAGAAGAAAUAGAGGCUGGUGUCCGGAUUGCGGCAAGACGGAUUGAGACCUGGUGCAAAGGAGAGCGCAUCGUAUUAGUGGCCAUCCUGAAGGGUGCUUUCAUGUUUCUCUCCGACCUGUGCAAGAAUCUGAUAAGACCUUACUCUGUUUACUUCAUCGAGGCCUCCUCGUACAAGGAGAAGCGCUCCCAGUCAGGUUCAGUCGAAAUCAGUGGACCAGAAGUUGCAAGCUCUAAGUUCUGCGACACCACGACCAAAGCGCCGCAUAAGGUGGUGCUCAUUGACGAGCUGCUGGACAACGGCAAAACCAUGCAGGAGAUGAAGCAGUUCUUUCUCUCCAGAUUGUCAGCUACACAUACCGAGAACGAUGUCUUGACUGUCUGUCUUUUCAGCAAAGAGCGCCAGCGAGAGUGGCCGGAGGCAGACAUCAUUGGGGUAAGAAAUCUGCCUGACUUGUGGCUUGUCGGCUACGGGCUGGAUGAUCGUGGAACAAAGCGUGGCUGGACGGAGCUGUUCGCUAUCCCCAAGGUCAAGAUCAUCGAUACUUUUGAUGUGGAUGAGGUGCAGCGGCUGUUGGAACACCUUGACGAGAACGCAAGCCUCACCGGGCAGAUGGUGUUUGCAGGCUUUGAACUCACGUAUUCCAACAAGCAGAAAUAUCGCGUCCAUGGAUUGGACUUCCAGGGGCCGCUACGAUUGAAAGGAGCCAAGGCUUCCCAGGCCAAAGCUGUCACCCGAGAUGACAUUCGAACGAUCCUGGCCUCUAUCCCGCGGGUCAAGGGAAAGUUCGAGCACGAACUGCAAUUUUCUUUCAUUCAGGAGAACGUGGCUUUGGUCCCGGAGGACGACAUCUUUGCUGGAAACAACCAGAUUUUUGCGGAGAUGCGCUGCCGGCUGCGAAGGCAAAUCCAAGCAGCAGCAGAGCGUUUCGGCGUGAAGGGCCUGGAGAAUGAGCGAGCCAGAAGUUAA